AUGGAGAAGUCGAGUAGCGAGGAUUCUUCGAUCCACCGGAGUCCAUCUUUGGACAGCAAGGACUCGGACUUUGCCAAGCCGUCCACCUCGGGCCGCCCGUUCGGCCGCGGCUUCACAGCCGGCGCCUUCUACGGCACCGCGGGCUCCCGAGGCCAGAGUCGCGCCGAGGCCGGCGUUAAGACCGACAAGUACAAUGCACCCAAAGGCAGCAAGUACGUGGUGUUUUACCUGGACCUCUCCUUUGUUUUCCUCCUAGAAUUUAAAAAGUGCAACAUGGCCAGGGGCUGCCUCUGCUGCUUGAAGUACAUGAUGUUCCUCUUCAAUUUGAUAUUUUGGCUCUGUGGCUGCGGGCUGCUUGGAGUGGGCAUCUGGCUGUCCGUGUCCCAAGGCAACUUUGCCACCUUCUCCCCCAGCUUCCCUUCGCUGUCUGCUGCCAACCUAGUCAUCGCCAUAGGCACCAUUGUCAUGGUGACAGGCUUCCUCGGCUGCCUGGGGGCCAUCAAGGAAAACAAGUGCCUCCUCCUCAGUUUUUUCAUCGUCCUGUUGAUCAUCCUCCUAGCAGAGCUGAUCUUACUUAUCCUGUUCUUUGUCUACAUGGACAAGGUGAACGAGAAUGCCAAGAAGGACCUGAAGGAAGGCCUGCUGCUGUACAACACGGACAACAACGUGGGGCUUAAGAACGCCUGGAACAUCAUCCAGGCCGAGAUGCGGUGCUGCGGCGUCACCGACUACACAGACUGGUUCCCGGUGCUGGGGGAGAACACGGUUCCUGACCGCUGUUGCAUGGAGAACUCGCAGGGCUGUGGGCGGAACACCACCACCCCCCUGUGGAAAACGGGCUGCUACGAGAAGGUGAAGAUGUGGUUUGACGACAACAAGCAUGUGCUCGGCACAGUGGGGAUGUGCAUCCUUAUCAUGCAGAUUCUGGGCAUGGCCUUCUCCAUGACCCUCUUCCAACACAUCCACCGGACGGGUAAAAAGUACGAUGCGUGAGCAAGUGGCUGGGAACGCCCCAGCCCUCCACCUGGACACUGUAUGAGGGAAGAAGAUUUGAGCUUUGUGUCGCCUGCCCACAUUCUCCAGACUGCUGACCCUUCGCCCACCUCCCUGCCCAGCCAGCCCUCUCCUUCCCGCCCACCUCAUCCUAAGACUUCUCUGUGGGCAGAGGGCCCAGGAGGAGGUGUGCAGAUACCUUGGGGAGCUGGGCGCCGGACUCUGCACCUGCGUCUGUGUAUUUGCCAAAGAAGACAGGGUGGACUGGGGGCACACUUGAGGAGAAGGUCCCCGGCGCUGACGCGUCCCUGCCCCCUGCCCUUCCGCACACAGACACUUCGUCCCUCCUUG